AUGACGAACACCGCAGAUAGUGCUUCUUCAGACGAUUCGAAAUCAGCAAGGGCAGCACCAGGUGGCAGUCCAUCGUCAAACCCUAAGAAAGCCGACUCAUCGGCAACAGCAACUCAAAAGUCCGACAUUGGAUUCCUACAGGACUCUCAACCACAUAGUAUACGUCAAUACCCCGAAGAUACUAUUUGUGUGAGAUAUAAUGGCCGUGGAUUGCCUGCAGUGACGCCGAGCAUGAGCAGCAUGAGGCCCGCGCUACCCAGCUACCAAGCUCACACUGUUGUUUUGGACCGGUGUGUGAUGCCACAGCGCUUUUUUCCCACAGGACCUGGUCAUGGAGUGGUAUACUCAUCAAUGCACCCUCUACCAUUGUUCCCUGAGACAACACCAAACAUGAACAUGCCUUUCAAUAACCCGUUCCCUCAAGCAUAUCCACUUUACUCACAGGAGUGGCAGCAGCAACAACAACAACAGCAGCAACAUAUGCCACCUCAGUAUACUGGGUCUAGGUAUCAGCCGAUAGAUUACAGCUCACCAGCGCACUUGGAAAUCCCGCAAGCCGGAUACGGGGAAACUCACUAUGCUCCGCCUACGUAUGCGGCAUCUCAUGGACAGAGUGCAGUUCAAGCAAACGUGACAAUCCACUUACAUUCACAUCGCCCAUCCCACAAUACCCAAGGGAACCCCGCUAAAGCAUCAGCAACUCUUUCAAAAUGGUCCAAGUCACGUAGCCCAGAGUCAGACUAUGACGUCUCAAAGACUAUCGUGGAUGGAUCAAUUCCUAUGAGAUCCACCCAAGCUCGACCUUCCACAAUGGAUGCAGCUCCACACCCAAUCAAUCUUACCAGGCCCAUAACGCCGCGAGGGCCCCCAAGGAAGCCAAAACAAUCUGGUCAUGCUUUAUGGGUUGGAAAUCUACCCCCUGGGGCAGACAUCAAUGAACUGAAAGACUAUUUCGCGCGGGAUGCCACUCAUGAUGUUGAAAGUGUCUUUCUCAUAUCGAAAAGCAACUGUGCCUUUGUCAAUUACAAGACGGAAGUGACUUGCCUUGCAGCGCUAUCGAGAUUCCACGACACGAGGUUUCAUGGAGCACGUCUCGUUUGUCGACUACGUCGAGAUUCGAUGUCUCCUCCGCAACCCGAUUCAUCGAGUUUUUCAUCUCAAGCUGAGAAUGGUACUGAUGCUAUACAUAACGAACAGAAUGGAAAUAUGCUGGUGAAAAAGAUCGCUGAUAGUACAUAUUCGAGUCCUCGAAUGCCAAACAGAUAUUUCAUUGUCAAGAGCCUGUCUAUAGAUGACCUCGAACUGAGUAGACAAAGUGGGAUCUGGGCAACGCAGGCGCAUAACGAGGACAACUUGAACCAGGCCUAUCAGACUACGGAUAAUGUCUACCUUGUCUUUUCCGCCAAUAAGUCUGGCGAGUAUUAUGGGUACGCUCGGAUGGUGUCUCCAAUCCAAGAGGACGAUAGCUUGAUUAUGGAGGUGCUGCCUCGCCCUAGCCAUGUCCAGGCCGAGUCCGAGGACUUAGAUUUGAUACCAACUCCAGCGACGUCCACCGCCCCAAAUGGACGGAUUAUCAAUGAUCUUGCGCGGGGAACUGUGUUCUGGGAAGCAGACUCAUCGGAAGAUGAAGGCGGAAGCAAGAUUGAUAAGAACAUCGCGGACGUAGCCGAGGAGGUAGCAGAGUCGGGCUUCCAAUCUAUCGGGAAACCGUUCCGGAUCCAAUGGCUUUCAACAGAACGAGUCCCUUUCUACCGCACACGUGGUUUGCGAAACCCUUGGAACGCAAACCGAGAAAUCAAAAUUGCCCGGGAUGGCACAGAGAUUGAGCCGACUGUCGGGGAGAGGCUUGUGCAGCUAUUCCACACACCUUACCCUGGGUGA